AUGUCGCUGUACGACGGCGGGCUCGCCGGAGUGUACCCCGAGGAGGAGGAUGACCGCCUCGCCGACCUGGCGGGGGACUCCGACUACGACGACGACGAGUACGUCCAAUCUAUUAGCAAGGCGUCAGAAGAUACAUCUGCGAUGGAUGUCCUGAAAGGGAAGGACAUACAGGGAAUUCCCUGGGAACGGCUGACCAUCACAAGGGACGGAUAUAGGAAGUCAAGACUGGAAGGGUAUACGAACUUUGAGAACAUACCUAAUUCGGGACAAUUAUCGGAGAAGGUAUGUACACCUGUGGAGAAAGGUCAACUCUACUACGAGUUUGCGCAUAACACAAGAUCUGUGAGACCGACCAUUUUUCAUUUUCAGUUGAGAAAUUUAGUAUGGGCAACAACAAGGCAUGAUGUUUAUCUUAUGUCACACAUGUCUGUGCUUCAUUGGUCACCACUGACCUCUGAGAAGCACGAGGUCAUUGAUCUUCAAGGACAUGUUGCUCCAUGUGAGAAGCACGAGGGGAAUUUCUAUGAGGGCUUUUAUCGGACUCACGUUAGCACAUUGGCAGUCAAGAACAACCUGCUGGUUGCUGGUGGCUUUCAUGGAGAACUAAUUUGCAAAUUUUUGGACCGUGAAGGAAUAAGCUAUUGUUCCAAGUCAACUCAUGAUGACAAUGGCAUUACUAAUUUUCUGGAGAUAUUUGAGAAACCUAGUGGUUCCGUGCAUUUCCUAGCAUCAAACAAUGAUUGUGGACUAAGAGACUUUGACAUGGAGAAGUUUCAAAUGUGCAAUAAUUUUCAUUUCGAUUGGGCUGUGAAUCACACAUCCUUGAGCCCUGAUGGUAAAAUCAUUGCUGUUGUGGGGGACAAUCCUGACGGUGUUCUGGUUGAUGCUAAUUCGGGGAAAAUGAUUCACGAGCUCAGUGGUCAUUUGGAUUAUUCGUUUGCAUCGGCAUGGAACCCAGACGGCCGGACAUUCGCAACUGGGAACCAAGACAAGACAUGCAGGAUCUGGGACGCCCGUAACCUCUCCAAGUCUGUCGCUGUCCUGGGAGGCAACAUGGGAGCCAUAAGGUCCAUCCGCUAUACAUCUGACGGCAAGUUCCUGGCAAUGGCUGAAGCUGCAGACUUCAUCCACAUCUUUGACGUCGGGAGUGGGUACGACAGGAAGCAGGAGCUGGACUUCUUUGGUGAGAUUGCCGGCAUAUCGUUCAGUCCUGACACUGAGGCUCUCUUUGUCAGCGUACAUGAUCGCAACUAUAGCAGCCUCCUCCAGUUCAGUCGUCGACGGUUUUACAGCUACCUUGAUUCAGCUUUGUGA